GGGAAGCCCCUCCCCUCCCCGCCCCUCCCCUCCCUGCCCCUCCCGGGCGCGGCGGAGCUCUCGCGAGACCCUGCGCGCGCGGCGCUGUCGCGGCUGGGAGCGGCGCCAUUUUGGGAGCGAGGCGGGCGGUGUGCGUGUGUGCGCGCCCGAGUGCAACCCGGAUCGCAGCGAGAGCCCGGGAUCUUCGCAGCCCUUCUGCUGGUAGGGGGGAAGAAGGGUGGAAGGCGACCUUCCCGUGAAAGCGGAGAGACGCCGGACGCCGCUCAGGGAUUAUUUGUCCAAGUGCUUCCUCCUGCACGGGCUUCUGAAGCCAUCAGUAGGCAGCUGGGAAAGUGAAUCGGAAAUUCGAAGUCGUGAGCUUUCUAGAAGUGCACAGCACCUCGCCCUCGGACGCUUUUGUCCUCACGGCAUGGAUACGCGGCAGAAUUCGUCGAGUUUGGAAUGCUUCAGCUGUCAAAUAAAGUGCUUUUAGGUUUUUAGUUACCUUUUUUCUUCCAAGCAACGUUCUGUCUGAGUCACAGGCGUAACUGGUUUUGUGGACUGGCUCCAGGUUAAAUGUAGCCUGAGUCACUGUGUAGACGUUACUGAAAAGUUUCAUGGCAUAUAUUUUUACCCUUAUUUUAUUUUUCAGGUUUUCUGACGUAGCCUUUUGUCAUUUUACAUUGAGACAUAUUUUCUAAAUGAAGAGUCUAACAGAAGUUUGUUUAUCAUUUUUUCUUUUAUAUUUUAUUUAAUAUUUUUGUUGGAAAAUGUUGUUGCCAAUAAGCAAUAUGGCGGUAUCCAGAUAGCUGUUGUUUACAAAUGCCUCUGCUACCUGAAGCUAGGAAAUGCUCCUCAGCUCAGAUGUGAAAUUCGGAUUUUCAGCUUUACAGUUGGUGGCAUAAACAGUGUAUUUAUUUCACCUGGAGCUGAUGAUUUCAAUAUCGAUAUGUACAUGGAAUAGACAAGAGAAGAAUCCUUCAGAGAAAAAACAAGACUUUUAAGUCAGAGACUUGGAAAAUUUUGGAAAUAGCCUUGCAGAAUCUGUAAGUAAGAAGGAUGGGUAGCUGAUUCCUGUGAGGUCAAAUCUAUGUCAAACAGCUACGAAUGUAAUAUCAACAAGAACUUGGGAUAUUAUCUCAAGGAAGACAAACUGGAAAAAUACAAAUCACGCAGUGCUAACACCUUGUGCAGUCCUCUUGGAUUAGGUGUACUUUCAGCUGAAUUGCUACUGCCUCAAAGAAAAUCAAGAUGGACAGAACAACUUAAUUCAAAAGGACUUGCCAUGAGGUGCUGAAGCCUUGUUUCAUUGAUUCGGAGAGACUGGACCUAAAUGGCGCAGCAUGACUUUGCUCCAGCCUGGCUUAAUUUUCCUACUCCGCCAUCGUCAACAAAGUCAUCACUGAACUUUGAGAAACAUUCUGAAAAUUUUUCAUGGACAGAGAAUCGUUAUGAAGCAAAUCGCAGAAGACACAACUCUUCAGAUGGAUUUGAUCCUAACAUUGGACGGCCUAAUGGAGGGCAUUUUGGAAGAAAAGAGAAGAAUGGUUGGCGUUCACAAGGCAGAAGUGGUACAGAAAAUAUAAACCAUCGUGGGGGAUACCAUGGCGGAGGUUCCCGCGCUCGUACCGGCGCUUUCCACUGUGGAAAAGGCCAAGGACUGCAUGAAAACAAUGUACAUGUUAAUGAAACUGGGAAGAAGGAAGACAAAGAAGUACCUAAACAGUUUGAGGCUGAGGAUUUUCCAUCGUUGAAUCCUGAAUAUGAGAGGGAACCAAACCAGAAUAAAUCAUUAGCUGCAGGUGUGUGGGAAUAUCCUUUGAACCCUAAAUCUAGAUCUCCCAGAAUGCUGGUCAUUAAAAAGGGCAAUACAAAAGAACUGCAGAUAUCUGGAUUUCCUGUAGUAGGAAGUCUUCAUUCACAGCCAGUAAAAAAUGGAACUGGCACAAGUGUUUAUAAAGGAUUAAUCCCUAAACCUGCCACUCCACCCACAAAGCCUUCACAGUGGAAAAGCCAAGCAAAAGAAAAUAAAGUUGGAAAUGCGUUUCCUCAUGAAUCUGCAUAUGGUAUUGGCAAUUUCAUUCCUUUCAAAUCAACUGCCAAGGCAUUUCCUGUAUCACAAAAUUCAGUGAAAGAGUGUAAUCGGUCAAAUUCUUCAUCCCCUGUUGACAAAGUUGGUCAGCCUCGUUUAACAAAAUUGACAAGAAUGCGAACUGAUAAGAAGAGUGAAUUUUUGAAAGCAUUGAAACGAGAUCGAGUAGAAGAAGAACAUGAAGAUGGGAAUCAUGCUCGGCAAGAGAAGGAUGAUGACUCCUUUAACUUGUGUAACAGCAACAGUCCUCAUCAUGAGAGAGAUAUAAACCGAAACUUUGAAAAUGAAAUUCCUCAAGAGAAUGGCAAUGCUUCAAUUACAUCUCAACAGAUCACUCGAUCUUCAACUUUACCUCAGGCAGAUGUUCUUUCAAGCUCGCUUGAGGCAGAGCAUAGGCUGUUAAAGGAGAUGGGCUGGCAGGAAGAUGCAGAAAAUGAUGAAACGUGUGCUCCACUAACAGAGGAUGAGAUGAGGGAAUUCCAAGUCAUCAGUGAACAGUUACAGAAAAAUGGCCUCCGGAAAAAUGGCAUUUUGAAAAAUGGCCUCAUCUGUGAUUUUAAAUUUAGCCCCUGGAAAAACAGCACUUUCAAACCUGCUCUGGAGAAUGAUGAUUCUGAGACGAGCAGCACUGAUACAUCAGAUGAUGACGAUGUGUGAAGAUUUCUGUACCAUCUGUAGAAGCUUCUUUUGAUUUCAUGAGAAUAUGGGGAUGUAUUAUCAAAAAAAAAAAAAAAUUAAGUUAUGUAGUAACAUACCCGAUUAGAAGAAGAGUGAUGGGACUUCUCUCUGAAGAAAGCAAGGAAUGUUGUGUUGGGUGUGUUGAACAUUACUAUAUUUCUUUGUUAACGAAUGUUGUAGAAUGAGGACUUGGGUUGCCCCAGCAUUGACUUUCUUCAUCACUGCAGCAUUUCUGACUAGCAAUGUGACAAUGUAACAAAUCAGACUUUCUCAUUUAAUAAUAAAAACAAAAAGAAUUGUGUAAUGUCUUGCAAAGCUUCUGUCUUAAAAUGUCCACAUAUAAAAGGGGGAAAAAAG